CAACUUUUUUAUGUGCAGGUGGCCAACCUAGUAGAAUACAUACUCCGUACAUCUCGACUGGUGCUCCCGCCGCCAUGAAGGUCACCAACGCCGAUGUGCCCGUCUACACGGUCGCAGGCUCCGACACCGCCCGUCCGCUCCCAGAAUGGCUGAUCCGCAAGAGAAAGCGCAGCUUGAAGCAGGAUCCCGAAUUUGCGAACCGCGUCGAGCUGCUGCAGGACUUUGGCUUCGAGGAGGCCAGCCAGUGCGUGCGUGUGAGCGAGGAUGGCGACUGGGUCAUGAGCACAGGAACAUACAAACCCCAAAUCCACACGCACUACCUCCCCCACCUCUCGCUCUCCUUCGCCCGCCACACCAACUGCCUCAACCAAACCUUCGAGCUCCUCUCCUCCGACUACUCCAAAUCCAUCCACCUCCAAACCGACCGCUUCAUUGAGUUCCACACCGCCGGCGGCCUGCACUACAGCACGCGCAUCCCCCGCUUCGGUCGAGAUCUCCUCUACGACAGACAGUCCGCUGAAGCUUUGAUCCCCUCUGUCGGCGUCAACGCAGACGGCAACGGCGAAGUCUUCCGCCUCAACCUCGAAGUCGGCCGCUUCAUGCGCGGCUACGAAGUCGACGUCGGAGGCGACGACCUGACGACCGUAGGCGGCGGCGCCCUCCAGGGCGGCAUCAAUGCAGGGAGCGUGAACACGGGCUCCAUAGCAGAGGAAUCGCACAAUCUACUCGCCUUCGGCACCUCCUUGGGCACCGUCGAAUUCUGGGACUCGCGGUCACGGAACCGCGUGGGGAUUCUGUCGGCACCGCAAGAUGCGUUUGAAGGGCAUGCGGAAAUCACGGCUCUCCAAUUCCACCGUUCGGGCCUGGAACUCGCCACGGGCAACUCCAACGGCUUGAUUCACCUCUACGAUCUCCGGUCUCCUGUACCUCUCCACAGGAAGGACCAGGGCUACGGCCUCCCCAUCAAGAAGCUCAUUUAUCUCACCCCGAGAUCGGCCUCGCGCGCCGCCACCGCAGAGCCCAAAAUCCUCUCCGCAGACAGCAAGAUGAUCAAGAUCUGGGACCCGCGGACGGGCGAUCACUGGACGGGCGUGGAGCCCGCCGUCGAUCUCAACGACGUGGUCUGGGUGCCUGACAGCGGCAUGCUGCUCACGGCCAACGAGGGGCGGAACCAACACGCGUUCUUCAUCCCGCAGCUGGGCCCGGCGCCCCGGUGGUGCGCGUUCCUGGACAACAUCGUCGAGGAGAUGGCGGAGGACAAGGACGAUCCGAAUGCGUAUGCCUUGAACCAGAACGUCGGUGCCGUUUACGAUAACUUCAAGUUCUUGACGAUGCCGCAGUUGAGGGCGCUGCAUCUGGAUCAUUUGGUGGGGCAGACGGGCUUGCUGAGGCCGUACAUGCAUGGGUUCUUUGUGGCGCAGAAGUUAUACGAGGAGGCGAGGUUGAUUGCGAAUCCCGAGGAGUGGGAGAUGCAGAGAAAGAAGUCGAUCCAGGAGAAGAUUGAGAAGGAGCGAGAGUCGAGGAUUCGUGGGGCGAAGAAGGCGAGCGUCAAGGUGAAUAGGAAGUUGGCGGAGCGGUUGAUGGAGAGGGAGGAGAAGAGGGAGAGGGCGAGGGCGAGAAGGGUGCUGGAGCAGGGCGGGGAUGAUGAUGUUGUUGCCGAGAGGCAGAGGGAGAGGGAGGCGCAGGGCCAGGAGCAGGAGGAGAAGGCGGGAGAGAAGGAGAAGACGAAUAUCCUCAGCGAUCCGCGGUUUGCGAGGAUGUUUGAGGACGAGGACUUUGAGAUUGACGAGCAGAGUCACGAGUUCCAGGCACUUAAUCCGAGCACAAAGGUUGAAGGGCAAAGGACGAAAUUGCCCAAGGGCCUCACGGCCGUGGAACAGGAGGAGCUGGAGAGUCGUCGGGGUUCCUCGAGUGAAGACGAUUCGGACGAGGAGAGCGAUGCCGGGCAGAGGAAUCGUAGAGGGAAGGGCAGGAAAGGCGCAGACGACGAUGAGGGCGAUCAGAACCGCAUUUCCACGUCGUCGUACAAGAAGACAACCAAGCAAAAGCAGAAACAGAAACCAUCAGGCCCAACGAUGGUCGUUUCGUCCUCCAACGCCAAUGAGCGGCGCAGACAGGGUAACAAGGACUCGACGUUCGGAGCGCGAGUAUCCAAGCUCUCGGGCGUGGAAAGGAGGGAUAAAGCGAGUGCGGGGAAUACGAUGGUGGUGGGCGAAAGGGAAAUCACGUUUGCGCCGCAGGGGAAUCGGAGGCCGAAGAAGGGUCAAGCAGACAAGCAAGCGGAUGGGGGAGACAGGGGGGAUAAGGGCAGAGGGUGGAAGGAGAGGAGGAGUGCGAGCGGGAAUGUUUUUAGGCGGAUGUAGGGGCGAGAGGUUGAGAUGUAUGUAGCUUGUAGUUUGUCGAGGAGAGGAAAUCCGGAAUUUGAUACCCUGCU